UCAACCAUUUUAAUUAAAUUUUCUGAAAAAACUGGAACGCUCUUUAAAGUUUGGAUGGAUUUAUUUAGACGAGUUUUAAUUCUUGUUUCUUUUUGACUUGCUUUUCUUAUGUUUCUUUUUUGUCCAACUGAUUCAAUACAUUCAAAAUAGAAAUUUGAGCCGUUUUAAUUGGCGUCAGCGGUAUCUUUCAGUUCACAGCUUUUCUUGUCAAAAAAUUUAAACAUGAAAAAUUUGGAACACAUGGCUGACGUUAAUUAAUUUAAAUCUGUUGAAAACUUUCCGCUAAAUUGAGUAAUGGCUGAACAUUCUCCAUCUCCGACUCCAGAAAGAGCAAUAUAUGGAUUCUUUCUCUAUAUUACGACAUAUUUGGUUUUUGGUUUGUACAUUAUGUGGGCUUUUUUGCCUGAUUCCAUUCUCAAUUAUAUUGGCAUAACAUAUUUACCACAGCGUUUCUGGGUUUUCGCAGGACCAUUGUAUUGUUGUAUGACGUUGGUAUUUGUCAUAUGUUUCUACAUUGCUUGGAAUUUUUUCAAAACACCUCAAUUGAACUCAAUAUCAACCAUAACAGAUCAAUUUUCAAGAAAAGUCCCUUAUAAUAAAGAAAUGAACUUAGAGUACAUUCAAGCUGAUCAAGUUCCACGUCUUGGUGAUCUUGACAUUAGAACUGUAAACAAACACCUGUAUUCCAGAAUACCCAACUGACUAAUAAAUAUUCAUCAACAUUAUAUCAGAGAUCUUCAAGUCCUUCUAAUUUUGUGAUACGAUUACUUUGGAUACUGAGCAGUCUAAGUUUCUUUAAUCUACCAAGGUUCUGCAUAGAAACAGGUACUUUUGUUGUAUUUUUCAUAUAAUGUUGAUGUGACAAAAUAAAAAUAUCGACUAACCUCCAA